AUGGCAGACAUCCUUGUCCAUACUGGCACCAACCCAAUGACAGACAUCCCUGUCCAUACUGGCCCCGACACAAUGACAGACAUCCCUGUCCUUUCUGGCCCCGGCACAAUGACAGACAUCCCUGUCCUUUCUGGCCCCGACACAAUGACAGACAUCCCUGUCCUUUCUGGCCCCGACACAAUGACAGACAUCCCUGUCCAUACUGGCCCCUACACAAUGACAGACAUCCCUGUCUUUUCUGACCCCGACACAAUGACAGACAUCCCUGUCCAUACUGGUCCCAACACAAUGACAGACAUCCCUGUCCAUUCUGGCCCCUACACAAUGACACACAUCCCUGCCCAAGCUGGUACCUCCACAAUGACAGACAUCCCUGUGAAUACUGGGCCCUACAAAAUGACAGAUAUCCCUGUCCAAAGUGGUACCUUUACAAUGACCGACAUUCCUGUCAAUACUGGGCUCUACACAAUGACAGACAUCCCUGUCCAGACUAGUCCCUACACAAUGACACACAUCUCUGUCCACGCUAGUACUUCCACAAUGACAGACAUUCCUGUCAAUACUGGGCUCUACACAAUGACAGACAUUCCUGUCCAUAUUGGGCUUUCACAGUAA